CAUUAACGUCCUUAAUUGAACAUAAAUGAGCCAAUCUAUUACUAACAGGAUAGACAAUUCAAUUCGUUCUCUCUCCUUAUGUCAGGUUAAUUUAACUGGAAUAAAUGUGAUGCAGCCGAUGCGUGUGCAUGCUGCUGAUGCUUGCUUCCUGCAUCUGCUACGUCAGUUUCCUUUCAGCGAUAUAAAAACAACAGAGAGUGCAUGUUGAGCUACUUUGUGGUUCUGCUAGUGUUGUUCAGAAGUUCAGAAUGGUGCAACUGUCUAAAUCCGGAAUGAAAGAGACUCCUGAAUUGAAAGCUGGCCAUCCUCCUGCAGUGAAGGCUGGGGGGAAACGAGUGGUCAAGAAGAGCUACGAGGAGAGUCAUGCAGCCCCCCAUGUGAACCCAGAGAGGGAACACAAGGUUCCCAAAUCCAGAUCUGCAGCUACCUCCAGCAGAAUGCAACAAAUCAGUAUCUUGUUGUCAGGAACACUCAACAAGUGGGGGCAUGACUUUCCAGAGACUCCAGUGAGUGUGAAGCACAGCAGACUCAGACCUGCGAUGGAGAAGCCACAUUCACCAGCUUUCAAGUCCAGCUUCUCCAUCCAGCAACCAAAAAAGUUCUAAAGCUACUUUAAGUUUGAGGGGAGUGUUCAGUCAGCUGUGAAAUACCCUUAAGUGUUGGGUACAUAAGUGGAAGGACAUGAGAUGUCUUAAAUGUUUGGCUAACUUUCUUAAUUCAAGUAUCAAUUCACCUUUGAAUUGUUUGACUUUGCUACUUAAAGGUGAUAAAGGAGAGUACUUUGGGGUGGUGGUUUUUUCUUUUUUUUUCCUCUUUUUGUGGGGGGGGGAAUUCUGCUUACUUCAAACCAGCAUUUACUGUGCCUUUUAUUAAUGCGACGCCAUGUCAAUUAAAAGCACACAUGGUGGGCAUUUCUAGAAUAAGUAUGUUGCAAAAGCAGGUAUAAACUUGAUGGCAGUGGUUUUCAGUAUUGUAUUCAUGGUGAAAGACUUGGUAUUUGUUUACAGCUUGAAUAAAGAAAAUGCAUGGCAUUAAACUAUUA